UAAUUAGUUAACAAACAUAAAAACCAAUAAAUCAACUGGGAUAUCAUUUGAUCUGUUGAUAGUUGAAGAUUUUUGGGACUUAUUGAAACAGUUACAAAGCAGUGUUUUUUGUGAUGGUACAGGAUUUGAUUCUGAAAGAUGUUCUUUAAGCUGUGUAAAUAUAUUAACUGAUGAGAAGCAUCAACACUAUCAAGGUAUUAUUCGAUGCCAGUCUUGUCGUGUUUUGAGACGCCAACUACAAAAUCGUCAAAAUAAAUCUACUAAGGACUUGAAAUUGCAAUGUAAUAAUUUGAAACAGCAAUUGAAAUUGCAGAAGCGAAAAUCCGCACGCCUGCAGCGAAAGAACAUAGAGUUAUCUCAAUUGAUAGAUGAGCAAAAGUUGAAAUGCGCUGCUGUUGAAACUGAAGUAAUUGAAAAAGCGAUAGCUGAUUUACCUGAAGUUCAACAAAAAGCAGUACGAGCUUGUUUUGAUUGUGCUAAAUUAAAAAAACUCCAAGCUAAGAAGAUAUGAUGUCGAAUGGGUGUAUGAAUGUCUACUAAUGCGAAUCAAAAACUCCGCGUUGUAUGAUCGUCUGAGAGAAAGACAAGUUUACCGCUUCCAUGUAAGGAUACAUUGAAUUCUUACAUUCAAAAAUUAGAUAGCGCGUUUGGUUUCCCGAAAGCUAUUUUUGAGACACUUGCGUACAGAGCUUCACGUAUGGAAACUUAUUCUAAAAGGGGUACACUUCUUAUUGAUGAAGUAGCCUUGAGUGAAGGGGUGAAAUUAAAUUCGCGAACGAUGAAAUUUGAUGGUUUUGUCGACUUAGGAGAUCAUACACCACAAAAGUACUUAAAUACAAGAGCUGACCAUGCUCUUGUAUUCAUGUUUCAGCCGUUUCAAGGCGACUGGGUACAAGUCGUUGGAAGCUUUUUAAGUAAGAAUUCUGUUACCAGUGAUAUUUUACAUAAGCUAAUAACAGAAUGCAUACUGCUGCUUGAAAAAGCUGGUCUUCAAGUUGACUGUGUGACUACUGAUGCUGCACAAUGGAAUAGAGGUGCCUGGAAAAUAUUUGGAAUAGAUGACCAAAAAUUCAGUUGUGAGCAUCCUUACGAUGCUAAUAGAAGGUUAUGGUUUGCAUCCGACUUCUGCCAUUUGUUGAAAAAUUUUAGAAAUGGAAUAAUUAAACUUCCGUGUUUUUGGACUCCUGAUGGUAUUGUUAAAAUGCUCCAUUGGGAAGUACUCCUGAAGCUUGAAGCGUAUGGAAAAAUGAAUAUGAAAAUAGGUUUCAAAUUAUCUCCAAGUCAUUUGAAACCGGAGGGAUUUCAAAAAAUGAAUGUGUUACUUGCAACGCAGGUAUUUUGGAAAUUAUUAUGUUGAACUAGGGUAAAUGCACCAAUUAUUGACCGAUUAAGGUUUUUUUUUUCUAUACUAAGCUAUAAAAAACUAUUAACUUAUUAAGGUAGUACUCCCUAUACUAAAUCACGUU